AUGGCUUUCAGCAUCACCAUCCAGAAGCGCUCGGCGCCCGGCAAGUCUGCCUCCAAAGGCUUCCCUCUAAACGUCAAGCUCUCCUCCAACAAGGCCACCCUCGCCGAAGUCAAGAAGCAGAUCGCCUCGGCGUCCCGCAAGCUCACCAUCGAGCGUCAACGCAUCACCACCGAGGACAAGAAGCCUCUCCUCGACGAUGACAAGUCGCUCGCCGAUCUCGGUGUCACCUCUGGUCAGACGCUCUACGUCAAGGAUCUCGGCCCGCAGGUCGGCUGGCGCACCGUCUUCCUCACCGAGUACUUUGGCCCCAUCGUCAUCCACCCGCUCUUCUACUUCCUCGGACCCAAGAUCUGGCACCGCGACUUUGUGCACUCGCGCAUGCAGACCGUCGCCAUGACUCUCGCCGUAGCGCACUACGUCAAGCGCGAGCUCGAGACCAUCUUCGUCCACCGCUUCAGCAACGGCACCAUGCCCCUCUUCAACAUCUUCAAAAACUCGACCCACUACUGGAUCCUCUCCGGGUUCCUGCUCGCGCCGUUCAUCUACUCGCCCUGGUUCUCCGCCGCCUCGGUCGCAGGCACCAUUCAGGACAGCACCACGUUCAUCGUCGCCACCACCGCCGUGUGGGCCCUCGCCGAGUUGAGCAACGCCUACUGCCAUUUGAUCCUCAAGAAUCUCCGUCCGGCUGGAACCAAGGUGCGAAAGAUCCCGAGAGGCUUUGCGUUUGAACUGGUCUCGUGCCCCAACUACUUUUUCGAGUUCCUCGCCUGGGCUGCGUUUACCGUGCUGACGCUCAAUCCGGCCAGCGCACUCUUCGCCGCCGUCAGCACCGGCCAGAUGUGGCUCUGGGCCGUCAAGAAGCACAGGAACUACAAGAAGGAGUUCGGCAAAGAGUAUCCUAGGCGAAAGGCCAUGUUCCCUUUCAUUGCUUGA